AUGCACUCUUCUUAUCAAGGUCAGGUUUAUGGAACUCUGCAUAUGAAAACAUUUGAUGGAGUUGAAUACAUAUUUCAUGGACUUGGAGAAUACGUCAUUGUCAGGCUGUCAUCAGCCAAAGGGAAUAACAUCUUUACUCUUCAAGGCCAAAGUGACCUAAUGAUCAAGAAUAGCACCUUUAUAACUCCUGUGAUCUUUGAAAAGUUGGCUGCCUUUUAUCAAGGGAUGGUAAUGAUGAAAGUAGAGUGGGCGUGUUCAAAGUCCGAAAAUGAACUUUCUGUUGCAGUUAAUGAUAAAGACAUCAUAUUAAAUAAGGCUGAAGAUUUAGAAGUAUACCGUUUCAGUCAGAACCAAUUGGCAUUGGUGUGUCAAAAGGGGAUCAGAUGCUCUGCAAUUUAUUUUUCUGGACUACAAGUAACGGUAGAAUUAGCCAUAGGUGGCUUUCUUCAGGCAACAGUCUACUUACCACAUUCUUUCUACAAGAGAACCCUCGGUCUACUUGGCUUGUGGAGCAGUACAGCAGCAGACGAGUUUUUAUUCCCAAACGGAGACCAUCUUAAGUUUCGUGCUGGCAGCUUUCCCACUGAAGAGGAAAUAUAUAAGUUUCAACAGUCCUGGCUUGUCCCACCACCAGAGAGUCUUUUUCCUUCACGCCAGCCUUUGAAAAUGUGGAAAACAUUUAAGCCAACAUUCUCAUCAGUACUCCUCGCAACUACGGAUGAUAAACUAUUGAAUGAUAUCAACAGGACUUGUUCGAGCAACCCUGCAUGUGUUUAUGAUAUCCUUGUCACUAAUAAUACAAAUGUUGGGUUGCAAACCAAGAAUUACAUCAUAAAGUAUGAGAAAUCCACAGUGAUUUUUGGUAACAUGCCUCCGACUUUCAUUGGUCCCCGUUUAAUCCAAGUUAAAGUUAAUAGAACAACAAAGGUUCAGUUUACAGCUAAAGACCCCAACAAUGAUAAAGUCAGCUUUGCGUUAGUACCGCCUAUUCCUGAUGGAGCAUCAAUAAGCUCAGCCACAGGUCUACUGACCUGGACUCCACAGAACAUCAAACCCAUCCAGUUAACCAUUCAAGUGAAUGACGACUUUAGUGGAUCAUUUAUGAUUCUCUCUAUCCUCAUGUGCAACUGCAUGAAUAAUGGUGAAUGUGAUUACAAUACCACCACACAGACCUACUUACAGGGGAAAUUCCAGGUUGUUGGUUGUUUAUGCCCAGAGAUGUUUACAGGAGAGUUCUGCUCAGAUGUUCAGGAUCAUUGUAAAGGCCAUCCUUGCUUCCCAGGCUUGAAAUGUACAAACCAAAUAGGUCUACAAAUUUUUCAAUGUGAUAGAUGCCCUUCUGCAACAAUUUCAAACGGUAAAGAGGGAUACAAAUGUUUCCGAAAUGAUAAAUGCCUUCCACCAUUUCCUUUUCCCUGCCAUGAAUUAUCUGACUGUAUCAGCACCACUGACAGCUACAUUUGUCAGUGCAGGCCAGGGUAUGUGGGUGAUGGAAGAAAUUGUACAGAUAUUGAUGAAUGUAAGAAUGCGACCUUCUGUUCCAGUGCAAAAUAUGAAUGCAUCAACACUUUUGGUUCUGCUCAUUGUGCCUGCCGGUAUCGCAGUGAAGAUGGCUCUGUAACUUGUGAUGAAACAUUAAAUCCACCAGGUUGGAACAUAUUCAACUGCAUGCUUACUUGGAAAAAAUUAAAGAAGUCUGAAAAGCUCUUGAAUGUUAACAGUGCUUCAUUUAAGGAGCAUGCCAAGAAAUAUGCUGAAAAGCUGGAUAAUAUUCUAAGCCUUGGAUUUGAAAAUAAAUUCUACAAUCUAAGUUUGAAGUCGUUCCCAGCUGGAGGCCCUUCCGCCCAAUACCACGUGAAUGUUUCCAGUGACACACCUCAUUGGUUUGUUCGGGACUUUUUGAUUCAAGUUGCGGAACACUAUGAAGUUCAACCAUCACCUAUUUCAGUAGAAGACUUAAAUGAAUGUGUCAGUGGAGAAGCAGUCUGUCAUGGAACUGCACUAUGUGAAAAUACUUAUGGUGGCUUCAAGUGCAUUUGUAAUGGAAGCGCUCAAUUGGAAUCGCAAACAUGUUACAUCCAGGCCUCCGAAUACUUAUCCAGUAGCUUAACUUUCAUGCCACUGCACCCUGUAGCUUUUCUGGGUCAGCUGUAG